AUGAUUGUUCAUACGAAGCUUGGUGAGAAGCGAAGAUUAUCGAUAUUACUUGGAAAGUGCACUGUCUUUAAGAUGAGCAAGUAUACAUUUCCACCGAAUUAUCAUAAUUUCUUGAAAGACUUCAUCAUAACUGUUCUUGAAAAAAAUCCAGACGAUCUGAUUGACUAUGCUGCAGGAUAUUUUAAAUCUUGCAAAGAAGAACGCGAGAGGAAAAGACGGAAAUCGACUGAAGAAAAACUUGCCGAUUAUGGCCUUCACUUGACAAGCAGGAUAGUUGGAGGAGAAUGUAUGGAAAGCGAAGAGUUGUGGCUGCAUGCGCCAAGAGGGAGACGAAAAGCAGUGGCUGCCCCGUCAAUAGAUCCCAUGGAAAUUGACCGGCAAACGAGUUUAGUGUUCCAUGAAAAGACGCAAGAGCAACUUGAUUUCAUCAAAGAAGCCCUCAAUAAUAUAGCGCUUGUGAAGAAUUGCAACAACGACCAACUCGAUAUGAUAACAGGAGCCAUGUUUGAAAAAAGGGUCACAAAAGGCGAAACGAUAAUUACCCAGGGAGAAAAUGGAGACAAUUUUUACGUUGUGCAAAAAGGGAAAUUCAUUUUCCAUAUAGAAAUUGGGGACUACUGCAUCAAAAAGACAUUGGACAGUAAAGGCAGUUUCGGAGAACUAGCUCUUCUCUACGAAUGCCCAAGAACGGCCACAGUGAUAGCACAAAACGAUGGGGUUUUGUGGUGCCUAGAUCAGAGAUCUUUCAAAACGAUUCUGGUGACCGAGCUAGCUGAGAAACAACAAAAAAUCGAUAAUAUCAUACAAAGGUCCAAAGUUUUGUCAACUUUGUCGUUCGAAGAGAGGUCAAGACUUGUUGACAACCUGGAAAUGGAGCACUAUGAUAAUGGCGUUUGCAUUAUCAAGCAGGAAGAUGAAGCUAAUUGCAUGUAUUUCUUGGUGGAAGGGCAGGUCAAAGUGGUAGACAAAACAGGUAGAAAGGAGACAGAAAUAGUGCGAUUGGGACCAGGGGAUCAUUUUGGUGAGCUGCCUUGGUUAUGA